GCCACUGCACACGUGCAGAUAGCAGCUGCUACGUGCGUAGUGUGAUUGGGUGUGGUGGAGCUGCCGCAGCCCUAACGCGGAGCGGAUCAAUGUCCGACUACGGCGGACCGGCCUCGCCGCGGACGGGGAAGCACCCCUACUACCGCGGCAUCCGGAGCCGCAGCGGCAAGUGGGUGUCGGAGAUCCGGGAGCCGAGGAAGACGCGCCGCAUCUGGCUCGGCACCUUCCCGACGGCCGAGAUGGCCGCCGUGGCCUACGACGUGGCCGCGCGCGCGCUGCGCGGGCCCGACACGGCGCUCAACUUCCCGGACCUGGCCGCGUCGCGCCCCGCGCCCGUGUCCACCUCCGCGGACGACAUCCGCGCCGCCGCCGCGGAGGCCGCCGCGGCGCUGCAGGAGCCCGAUCGCCGGCCGGCCCGCGGCAUUGCUCCCGCGGCGGCCAGUGGAGAAGCGCAGCAGCAGCAGCCGGCCGGCGGGAGCGGCGCCGCGGCGGCGCAGCAGGAAGGCGGCGGGAGCGGCGCGGGGAGCCAGUACUUCCUGGACGACGAGGCGCUCUUCGAGACGCCGCAGUACCUGCGCAACAUGGCCGCCGGGAUGAUGAUGAGCCCCCCGAGGCUCGGCCGCAACUCCGAUGACGACUCGCCGGACCCGUCGGAGGCCGGGGACAGCCUCUGGAGCUACCGUGAUCCUUAGAUUGAUGCCGGUAAUGGCGAAAUUGGCGCUGACAUGUGGUGACGGAACUAAUAGGCUCUACUACUACUCCUGCUGCUGCUGCCUGCAGCUGCUACUCCUAUUCAACCUGGAAGCUGGGAAGAAUUGAAUGAUGUGGAGAGGUAAGGAGCAAGGUACAUACUGGUGCCCGGCGUGGAGCCUCGUUUUUUUCCCCUUCUCCUAUCCAGUCCAGCCGCCAUGUGUACAGUGGGAUAGCUUCAGUCCUCCGCCGGAAGCCCGGCAGAUGCAGUGUGUCCUCCCCUUCUCUCCUUUUACCCCUCGAUGUGUGUGUUUCUGCUGUGGAGGCCAGAAGGGAAGCUCUUCUUUUUCCACUAAAUCCCACUUGGCUCUCUACCUAGCUAGCACCUCUCUAUUUGGCCGUUGCAGUACAUACGAAACUGCAGAGGUAUAUAUAUAUAUAUAUGUAUAAGUACUGCUGUGUUGUA